CGUCUCGCCCCUCCCAUGCAGCAAUGUAUGCUUGUUCAUGUCACUUAGUUGUGCUCUCUUGCUGUCUUCCCUUUGUGUGCCUCCCUCCAGGAAAAUCAGCUCCAGUCUCCACCCCCAAGAAACGUUCAUAUGGCAUAUCUAAGAUGUACCACGACAAACUGUGGACUCUUGACUGGGCUGGUGGUCUUCAUACACCUGGUUGUGGAACCAUUGUCUUCUUGAUCGACGACAAUGGCAAGAGUUGGUACCCCUGCGAAGGGGUGGAGAGAUUGGAAGCGGGGAGGAUCGCUGUUGAUGGCAGGACGUUUAGGACCUUCUUCCUUACGUCUGUGUACGACAGAGAUGGGAAAAAUUCGGUCAAGGAAGACAAGAAAGUGUCUCUUGACCUUCGACUCUUCCAAGGCUACGGAGUCAAGGCUUUCUCGAUGAAAGCGUUUGACGUGCGGGGAAACGGGGCGGAGUUCCGAAUGCUACCAGCGGACCAGCUCUUGUUGAAAACCAAUGGCUACCGCGUGACUGGUUCCCUGCCCGUUGUCGACAACACUUUCAUGAUUAGCAGACCGUUGGUCCCGUUCAACACCCUGACGGAUCAGUUAGCGACUUUCGUUAUGCAGUACGGGGAACAUUUCGCGAGACUGCCUGCUGCCCAGCGAGUUGACUAUCUUUUUGUGCCCUUCGCCGCGGUGUCCAAACGGCGCGAAGAUCAGCCUGCUAAGACGGUUGCGAGGAGGAAACAAGUGACGUCCGACACGCCUUCGAUGGAUGCGGUUGUCCAAGCUCUUCCCACUCUGGUUCUUCCCUCUGUGAGACAAAGUCUCGACGUGGCCGAGCAGUCCAGCGAGGCCACGGACUUGGACGACGGAGCUUUGCGCUAUCAGCCUGGUCCCCAGCGUCGUCCCCAUGGAGGUGAAGAUGCCUCCAACGACGAGGAAUGCGAGGGCCGAGAUGGGGACAGUGGUGGUUGGGAGGGGGAGGGCGGUGGUGACGGGGACGACGGUAACCUAGGCGAUGCUGAAGGUGAGGACGAUGACAUGGACGAGGAGAGAGACGAUGUUGAUGAGGAUGACACCUACCGCGUUGGUGACGAGGUCGAUAUUCGUGGCCAGCCUUCGGGUUCCCGCGGAAUGUCACAGCCCUGUGACCAGGCGAUGGGUGGGAGAGAAGAACCUGGAUCAAGGGGAAAGAGAAAGAGGGGAGAAGCGUUGACCUCUCCUGCUGGUCGAACAAAACAGGUGAGGGCGGACGCCAUCAAUGAAGCUCGCGGAGCGUUGACGGCAUCCGAGGAAGCACAGGCUGCACGGAAAACUGUUGGGGGGGGGGAGGUGGCAUUCGUGGCGGCGGGAUUUGCCAGACAAGACGUCCAUGUUGUUAACGUCGACGUCACAAGGAUCAAACGCAUUCCCCGUGGGAGGAUUCUUUUUAACCACCGUGCGUUGUCCGAGAACAUUGUGAGAGGCAUCGAGAGUGCCAUAAAAAGCUCCAUUGGUGCUGACCCGGGGGCAUGGGAUAGACCUGAGCUCGUUCUUGCGCCAGUUGACCCUAACGUCAUUGUCGGUGGGCAGGGAAGGCGGAUCACGCCAAACGAGUUCUUACAAAGAGAUUCUGCGGAGUUCGACUGGUAUGCUGUCUGUGGUCAGCAUACUGCCGAGGCCAUGAAACGGUUGGUUGCAAAGGCCUCCCCAGCGGUUAAAGUGUACGGCCUUCACAUGUACUCUAAAGUGCGAGUCGUCUAUUUCCAUGAUGACCACACUCGGGGGUACUUCAAUGUCUCCGCCUUCGACAACACACGGGAGAAUCGCGCGAUGAUGUUGUCCUUCCACGACGCUGUGCGUGAUAUGAGGCAAUGGUGGAUCGACAACCACAGGACCGAGGCACCCAAAUCUAAGAUCUUUGUAAACACCGUGAUCGAUAAGCUCGAUAUGCUUCGAGCGGAGGUGAAACGGAUCGCCUCUAGUGCACGCCAUCUUGUAUGGGAAAAACUCGGCAGGCAGACGACAAUGCUUCCUGUAUGUAUGCGGCCGCAGGAGGUUAUGGCGGCGCCCGACGACAUCGUCGCAGCCGCACAAAAAAUGGCAUGCAGGGCCGCCAUCGUGGACAUCUCGGCCGCAAAUUUCAGCAGUGCAUGGACCUCGCAGGACUUCGCUGCAUUGUACGCAAUGAUGGCGAAGUGUUGUGGUCCAAAUUGGGUCCUCUUCUUCUUCGCGCCGCAGAAGGUGCAAAGCGAUGUCUUGCGCCAAUUGUUCCGUUGGGAGGACGUCGAGCUCAUCCCCGGGUCGUGGAAACGUGUGGACAGGUCGGCGAGCGACGUCACAAGGUACGGCAACAUCGCUACGACGAGUCGGGACCUCAUGGCCAUCGUGCUGCACGCUGAAGGAGGGGAUUUGAAGAAAGUAACUGUCGCACCUCGGCUUACCAACGAUCUCACCAAGGUGCAUCUGGUGGAGGAAAAGUUUGGGAAGUGUCAAGGAAAACACGGUGGCAUCGAGGGCGACGAAAGUGCCGCAUAUUCAAUUGGGGAGCGGAAACCUGGCAAGUUGCGCUAGGCACAUGCAGGACUUGUGUGGGAGUUUUUGCGUGCAGGCAAUAAUGUCAUUGCCUGUGAUGAGUCGGCAAAGGACAUUUCAUACUUGAUAAAGUUCGUCGACAUACUUGUCAAGGAUGGGAGAUUCGCCUGCCGACUCGAGAAACCGCGUUCCGCACAUCGCAGCAACAGGGACACGUACCACAAGUUGGGAGCCAGGAGACUGAAGGUGUGGGAAUACAUGUUCCGCGAUAUGCCAGAGGGACGCCUUGAUGGGGGAUACAUAUAUCGAAAAGCCAAGGUGACCGAGCACCUCAAACAUUAUCACGGUGCUCUAACUAGCGCCUUCGAGACAUUCGUUGCUCGCUGCGAGAUCUUGAGGUUUGAUCUUCAUAAAGAUCAACUGACGUUUAAGGACUAUGCAGACCUCGCUAAAUCGGGUGAAGGCUUUAACCCCGUCGACAGCGAGGAAGACUCGUCGGACUCCGACCUCGAGAUCGAGAACGAGAACGACACCAAUGCAACCGGGUGGCAUGGGCACUCUGUUGCCACGGAGCACGGCGUCACGGCAUAUGGACCUGGUCAAUCAGAGGAAUGCUCGAACCUGCCACAUGCGCACAGUGUGGCCUCGGGGGUGGACAAGGUUGAGUGCACGCCUAUGGAAGACGAUGAGGACGAGGACCUCGAUAUUCCUGCUCCGCCAACAAAGCUGGCGCCGGGUGAUCCGAUUCCUUCCACCUUUUGCGGGGAGUGGAAAAUGGCGGUGAAAUAUCUCUCAAACGGUUGGAGACGGUUUCCCCGCAUGGGCAACGACAACUGGCUGAAGACGACAAAGCAAUCAAUUAUAUACCGCUGUCGGAAGGAGAACCCCAGGGAGAGUGAAACAUCCAUCGCGCCAAAGGCGAAACAAUUGUUCGACGCAUUGCGAGCUGCUCGGCAGUUGGAGUACUCACACAAGUUUUACGAGCUGCAAUCGAGCCCCUCCUGCGGCAUGAUUGAUUGGAAGGUCCAGCGCACAGCCGGCCUCGAGAUCAUGGACGUGGACCCCCGAGGAGAUGCCGCCCCUGUGCCAGAGGCGGCCACAGGGAACACGAUGGGUGAACAAAGGGAAGAUGGCGGGACAACGUUAGGCGUCAAGGCUCCAUUGCCAAAGGCAGGGAAUACUCCCGCUGGCAAAAACACCAGCAGAGCCAACUCUGUCGCAACGGGGGAUGCAUCACAAGGUGAACAUGUGUCACCUGCCAAGCCGUUGGGUGCGGGCGCCACAUACGGGAGUCUCCUCGCGACAGGUGCGGCGCUCGCAGGCACAUCAAAGAUGGAGUCAGAGUCCACUCUUGGGAUGGCCGGCACGGGGAUGUCGUUGGAUCUGCCCACAUGCCUUAACAAAGGUGACACACAAUGUACAACAACACCAGAGGGAGGGGUCGUAGGGGAUGACGGGAAUGGGGGGAAUGCAGGGGGUUCUCCACGACCGCAGAAUAUUGAGGACAUGAUGACGAACGAUGAGGGUGGGGUAGAAGACGGAAAGGGCGUAAGCAAUCCCACGCGUGUAGGAAAUGAGGGGUGAGACCUAUUCACGUGGAAAUUCAAUGUUUUCGUGUGUGUGCUCAUCUGUUUUAAAUAUAGGAUUGUGGGAUCGCUUUGUUCCAAUGUACAUUCGACCUGAAGACUCAUUGGUUUUCAGUUUUCGGGAUUUGACCUUUUCAUUGUUGACAAUAACAUGGUAUAUAAAUGAACAUGAGAUGUUUAGAUUGACUGUCCGUCUCGACGUGCAGUAACAAAUUGUGGUGGGAGCG